AUCAGUGUCAUUGGUUUGAUAACUGGGAUUGGCGUAAUUCUGUGUUUUUGACUAAAAAAUAGCGAACAAGUCGUGAAAUGGAUAAUUUAAAAAGGUUGUUCAACAUGCGUUGAGCUAUAGUUUGGAAACAUACCAUUUUCAACAAAACAUUAAACGCCGUCUACUCGCAAGAAUUUUUGCGUGAGUUUGCCCAGCGUAUCCUGUCAAGGAUACCUCUCUCUUCCGUCAUUCAUGCGAUAUAUACACUGACAGAUAUAGCCAGACAUUGCAGAAGAAGAAAGUUUCCCCCAGGACGAGGACGAGCCAGCAAACAUCAUCCUGCUGAUAUCAUUGCACAUCGGAGCGAAUAAGGAAUACCAUCCAUGUUUUUUCGUUGUCUCGUGAAAUCGAAAUAAAUCAAUGCGCACAGCAGCAGCAGCAGGUAGUGAUUUUCAUGGAAUUUGCCCAACGUUUGUGAAGUGAAUUGGUUCAAAAGUGAAAAAUAGAAUCAACUUCCAGAAAAGGAAACUAUGAACCACCGUACAUAUCAAGGUGCUGGAAAAGCAUUGGUUUCUCUUCGUUCACCCCAGUUUUGCAAUCGCUCAGCUGCAAGCAUCAACUUUCAACCAAACGAAACCAACUAAGCAAAUCCCUAAGAACUGUUCCAAAAAAAACCAUACCAAAAAGUAGUAAACAUUACACUAAAACCAAAACUCGUUCAGCCCGCCAGUUGGCUCCGCGCCAAGUUCGUUUCCGUUCGCGGGACCAUGGCCCCCUUCAAGCUCAGGUUCCGCAUGGGUAGUGGUUCGUCCCGUAGCGCCUCGCAGGAGCAGGAUGUCGUAGUCGACAGCCAGGCUAAUCAGAUGAUCGUACAGACGAACAGCUAUCUGUCGAGCAGCGGCAACAAUACCGCUGCCUACGGUAGCAGCACUACCCUUGACUCUGAGCAGAAUAACGAUAGCUUAGUUUCUAUGAGCAACGACCAGCGGGCCCUAAUCCGGGACAGGGACUCACCCGACGAGCGAAUAGGAUACGUGAAUCCCACGUUGACACACACCGAAGGUACCACAAUACCGUUGAGCCCACCGCCAUCGUACGAACAUGUACUAGAGGAGAAUCGCCUUGCAGCUUUAGAUAAGGAAAACAACAAGACAUCGACACUGAGUCUGUCGCCGUCUAGCUACGACAUGUUUGGGAGUAAUCAGCAGCUGACGGCUUGUACACCGCAGGACCAACAGCAGAGUUACGAUCAGCAAUCGCAACAACAGGCAACGCCCAACACAACGAGAAAGCAGGAAUCGAUCGAUUCCUCGCUGUAUUCCUGCAGUUCUGGCACAUCACCGUCACAGGAGAACCUGCUCGGCUGCACUGGGUCUUGUGAUCCGCUGUACAAUAUGGCUGCCCAGGAACACAUGGAAGAUUUGGCUGAAGAAAUGGAGGACAUGCACAUCGAGGAGACCUGCCUGUCCAACGACAACCUGGACGACGGCUCCUACACCGAUGAGUGCCAGUCGUCGUACGACCCCCAUGCCUACGAAGGAACGUCCUCGGGGUCUGUGGUGCGACCCGAGAUCAAAGGGCCAGAAAUUUUAUACAAAUCCAGCAAACAGCUGUACAAAGCCGUCGCCAAGGAGUGCGGUAUCACGUGCAAAAUGUCGGACCAGUGCCGAUGCCUGGACUGCCAGAGUCGUUACUUUGACUGCGAGUAUGACCAGAACGAAAACGAGAAAACUGACGGAGGAUUGGGCGCUGGAACGCCCAUGUUCAUCAGCGAAGUCAUGCACGGUUCAGCUUGCACCAUCCUUUAAACUAACAGAAACGGCCGGAGAUCAUCGUAAUCUCAUCCAAACGAAGCCUAAAGUCCUACUGAAGCAGAGAUAUAGUCAACAAUCACUAGAUCACACUUAAGCAAAGGCAAAACAGUUGCACAAAUCUUACAGUAUAUAAAACUAUUACCACAUACAUACGUUAGGUAUUGACAAGAACAAGCCUUUUGAAACAUUUUAUCUUGAACAAGAAAAUAACACACAUUUGAAAGAAAAUUCAAACUUGAAGAUUUCAGCGACGACUAGCUAUAUGGUAGGAAUCACGUUAUGAGAAACUACUGGUUAACAAACUGUUGAAUUGCAAUUAGCUAUCCGUACACGAACACACUCACAAACACACAAACAUA